AUGAAGAAGCUGGAAGGUGAGCAGGAAGAGAGGAGGAAGCUGUACUCAACGUCAACUGCUGUGACUUUCCGCUCCUCUCCAGUUCAAAAAAUUCUCAAACAGGAAAAAGUCGAAAUUCGGGUAUCGGACAAUCGUCCUCCUCCAGGAAGAAUCACCGCCAAACGGCUGAUUUCAGAGCAUUUUCUCCACCUCCUUUUUGGUACUUCUUUGAAAAGUAUUUCAGAAGCUUUUUCUGAAGGCUGCUCAGCUUUUGUGGUUCCCAUGAACGAUCGCGACAGGCUGCUGCAAAGAGCUGGUUCUGGUCAAUACAAGCUGAAUGGGCACGAUUUGGUCGAUACAAGAUACAGUGAAUUGGUCAAGCAGUGA